AUGAGUUAAAUUCUCUAAGAUAUCCCCAUAGAUAUUAGACAUUAAAUUAAUAAAAAAAUGAUUGAAGACGAUGAAUCUGAGGGCUUCUUUCAAAUCAAGCUACAGAAAAAGAUAAAGAAGCAUAGAAGCAUACCUUUGAGGAUUUAAAAACAUUAUGAAUCCUUAAGUUUGAUGCAGGCCAAGGCGACCGAUUAAGAAUAAUCAAUUCUCUCUUUAAUCCAAAAGCGAGUGGAAUUCUAUUCAAAAAAUAAGUAAAUUGUAUAAUGGAAGGAAAAUAUUCCUUAAUCUCAUUCAGCAUUUAUUGUAAAUCUGAUCAAAAGUGAAUCCGAAACUUUUGAAGACAGUGAAUAUAAUUUCCAAUAACCUAUUGAUGAUUUUCCUCUGGAAAACUAUUCAAGCUGAAUUCAUUACAAUGACAAAAUAAUGAAAUAUUUAUUUGUUUUUUUCCAAAUAAUCAUAUAUA